GGCAGCCUCCUGUGUUAAGACCAACUUGAGAAGAAGUGAUCGUGAUAAUCGUCGUAACGCGAAACAUGUAGCUUAAUAUUUUGGAUCGGCACUGUAAUUUUUACUGUCGUGUAGUGAUGGGGGAUGUUGGUGUCGCAGCAGGUGAAGCAAACUGGCUCCUUUCGCAUCCAAAGUAUAAGGAGAUGAUGUCGCAUGGUUUCAACAAUUCUGAUCAAGCCUUGCAAGCAAUGCUGGUGUAUCUUGAUUUGUGUGAAGCCAAGCAAUGGGCCAAAGUUUCUCUCCAUCCAUGCAGUGAACUAAAGAUGAUAUUCCUUACUGCCCAGGAGUCUGAGAGAGAUGGUCAAGCCCACCUGAUGUUACCUAUUGGAAAUGAUGCUGAGCUUAACAUAGCACAGAUGAAGCAGUACAUUGAUCAUAUCAAGCAUCCAUCUGUGGAAUGCCCAAGUCUGACCUUAGCCAUUGUUGCCAGUGAUUCUACCAUCCUGUACUAUAAAAUAACAGAUGGUCUAGUGCCACCAGACCCUCCUGAGCAGCUCCAGGCAAAGAAAACUUUACGAGGCAAGAGGAAGGCUGCACAGAGAAAAGCACACAAAUUUAUCAAGAUGAAAAAAAGCUGAGACUUUCUUACGAUUUAAAGAAGAUCUUUAAGAAUCAGCCCUGAAACCUACAGGCUACAGGCACACCUCUUUGGUCCGUUUUAAAGAUCUCUAAUGAUCCUUUGAAAGAAUUCUGAUGAUCACUUCAUGGAUGUACAAGUUAAUUGCAGGCUAUACUGAAAUGUCUUACUGGUUUCAGGUUCUCAUGCAUACCCAGAGAUCAAAAGAACCAA